AUGAUAGGGCGACAAGUGGAAAGUAGUUCGGUUGAUCCGGUAACUAUUAUUAUUAGAGAAUGUAUCAACAUGUCAUCUGCUAUGAGAAAAUAUAGUAAAUUAUCUUCUCAAACUGGAAUAACUGCAUUAUUAGCUGGAGGUGGAGAUAUCAUUCAUAAUCAGGACGAAUUAUCAACGAAUAAAUUUAAUUCUCUCUCUACUCAUAAAAAUAAUGAUCCAUUUCUCUUAGGUUUUAUCCAAUUAAGGUUAAUGUUAAAUAAAUUAGACACUUUAAACGAUGUUGAUUCUUUGACAGUACUGCAACCUUUCCUCUUAGUGGUUAGUACAAACACCAUAUCUGGUUAUAUUACAUCAUUGGCUUUGGAUUCUUUACAAAAAUUUAUAAAUUUAAACAUUAUAGACCAACAUUCUAAAAAUUAUGUUAAUGCUUACAGGGGCCUUAUUAAUGCAUUGACUCAUUGUAGAUUUCAAUCAUCAGAUCAAAUUUCUGAUGAUUCAGUCUUAUUAAAAGUUGUAAUGUUACUAAAUUCAAUAAUAAACUUACCUUCUCAAAUAUGUGAUUGUCUUUCUGAUUCCAUAAUGUAUGAUGUUAUUCAGACUACUCUUUCCUUAGCAUGUAAUAAGAGAAGGGCUGAUGUUUUGAAAAAGGCUGCAGAAUCUACAAUGAUAUCAAUUACUUUAAAAGUAUUUGGAAAAUUAAGGACAGCUGAACCGGCUAACUUAUUGCAACAAUAUAUUAAUGAUGAAAGCUAUUCAAAGGAUAAUUUGAAGGAUGAUGUCAUUGGUACAGGUAUAGCCAAUGAAUUGCAGUCAAUAGAGUCACUUACUCUUCAACAACAGGAAAGUAUUAAUAAUUCCGUGGGCGAUGCAGAGGACCCUAUGUCAGAUAUUAAAGAAAAUAAUAACCAGUUUUCAGAUUCUGAAUCUCAUGUAGUUAACAUAGAAAAUUUAUCUAAUACUGAAAGUGAUCAGGUUGUCUUAGAUAGGAGUACAAAACAGGACAAUACAAAUAUAGAGGGAAAUCAUACUUUUGAAUCAAAUUAUGGUGUAACAGUGGCAAGACAAUACUUGACUUUAUUGUUGUCACUUAUUUUACCAGAAAACCAGACAAAACAUACCAAUUCGACAAAAAUAUUUAGCUUGCAACUUUUAACAACUAUAAUUGAAUUUGCAGGUGAUAAACUUCCUUUGUAUCCCCGUUUAUUUUCAUUAGUAGCAGAUCCAAUAUUUAAGAGUAUUUUAUUCAUUAUUCAAACGAACUCGAAACUAUCCUUAUUACAGGCGACUUUACAACUAUUCACUACAUUGGUGGCUGUUUUAGGGAAUUAUUUGCCAAUGCAAAUCGAAUUGACCUUAUCUCGCAUUUUUGCAAUUAUGUUGGGGGGAAAUCAUGAUAUUACAGAAGAUAACACCAGUGGAAGUAGCAGCAGCAACAAAAAUAAUAAUAAUGGUAGCGGUAAUAGUAAUAGUAAUAUCAAGACUACUAAGAGUAUGAGUAUCUUUACUAAUCAAAUACCAGAUUCAAGUGAGGCAGCCAAGAAGGAAUUAUUAAUUGAACAAAUCUCUAUUCUUUGGCUUAGAUCAUCAUCAUUUUUCAUUUCAAUGUUUGUCAGUUUUGAUUGUGAUCUGAACAGGGCAGACCUUGCUCUCGGAUUCUUGAAAAUGUUGACUAAAUUAUCUUUGCCAGAAGCUGCAAUAACUUCCACUGAAAUUGUACCACCUAUAUGUCUUGAAGGUGUGAUGUCACUGAUUGAUGAUAUGUUUGCUAGAAUUCGAUCGGUUCCCGAAUCAGUAUCUACCAAUGAUCUUAAGCAAAAUGAAGUUUUGAGACAGAGAGAAAGAAAAAAUGAAUUUAUUAAUUGUGCAAACGAAUUUAAUAUAAAGCCAAAAAAAGGUAUUCCACUUUUGAUUGAAAAAAAAUUUAUUGAAAACAACACAGAUAAUGCUAUAGCCAAGUUUUUAUUUGAGAAUAAUGGUCGUUUGAAUAAAAAAACAAUUGGGUUAUUAUUAUGUGAUCCAAAGAAGACUUUAUUGUUAAAAGAAUUUAUUAAUUUGUUUAAUUUUAGAGGGUUAAGAGUAGAUGAAGCGAUAAGGGUUUUACUAACAAAGUUUAGGCUUCCUGGUGAAUCACAACAAAUUGAGAGAAUUAUUGAAGCUUUUUCUAUUGCAUACGCAAAAAGCCAAGAUAAUAAAGGAGGAAAUGAGAUUAUAGAUAACAGAGCAGAGGAAACCAACUUAGAUACUACUAAUACCGAAGCAAACAUUAAAGAAGAAAAUAACGAAGAAUAUGAUCCUGUUAUACCUGACUCAGAUUCUGUAUUUGUAUUAAGCUACUCCAUUAUUAUGUUAAACACUGACCUUCAUAAUCCACAAGUUAAAGAGCAUAUGUCUUUUGAUGAAUAUUCAAGUAAUUUAAGGGGUUGCUAUAAUUCCAAAGAUUUCCCUCAUUGGUAUUUAGAUAAGAUAUAUUGCUCCAUUAGAGAUAAAGAAAUAGUGAUGCCAGAAGAACAUCAUGGCAAUGAUAAAUGGUUUGAAGAUGCUUGGAACAAUUUGAUUGCAUCUACAACUGUUAUGACAAAAAUUCAGAAGGAUAAUGUCGAUGUCAUUGAUAAAUUUUCACCAAUUGAUUUACUAGGAUUUGAUAGAACAAUAUUUAAACAUGUGGGACCAUCUAUCGUUAAUACACUCCUUAAGAUUUUUGUUGUAGCAUCAGAUGAUCAUGUUGCUGGUAGGGUGUUAACUUGUUUAGACAAAUGUGCAUUUGUUGCAGAAUUUUUCAAAAACAAAAAAUUGUAUAAUAAUAUUUUAGAUACAAUUGCCAAAUUCACUACAGUUCUUGGACCAAAUUCAUACAUUAAAGAAGCACAUGAUAAUUCCUACUUUAAUUAUGAAGAUAAUAUCCCAUUAGUUGAAAUAACUGUAGAUGAAAAAACAAAGAUUCCAGUUAGUAAUUUAUCUGUAAGGUUAGGUAAAUCUUUAAAAAGUCGAUUAUGUUGUUUGAUGUUCUUUAGAAUUUUGCAGAGAACACGUAAUGGCAGUAUAAUAAGCUCUGAAUUAUGGGAUAAUAUCAUUAGCAUCUUGAAACAAUUAUUUGAGAAUUUACUAUUAAGCCCAGACAUUUUUACAGAUUUACAAGAAAAAUUAAAGUUAGGCCAUUUACCAAAACCACAACCAGAUAUAUCUAUUAAUAAAAGUAUAGAGAAUAGAGGUUUGUUAUCUACCUUUGCAUCGUAUUUGAAAGGUGAUGAGGAACCUACUGAAGAAGAAGUCGAUUAUUCAAAGAGGGCCUUAGAAUAUAUAAAUAAAAGUAAUGUGGCUGCAUCAAUCGUUGGAAAUGAAAAUAUUAUUACGCCUGGGUUUAUAAAAUCUUUAUUGGAAUCCUUAAAUGAAAAGAAGGAUGAGAAUAAUUUGAAAUAUUUUGAAGCGGAGUUAUUAUUCAUAACUGAAUUAAUAGUGGCUCUAACAUUAUUCUGUAAGGAUGAAAAGGAAUUAAGUAAUAUAAUAUUAGAUAAGCUAAGGAUAAUGAUUAAGAUGAGUGGUGUAACAAAGCGAACUAUUCGUCGUUUACUCAUGUAUGAAAUUUUAUUGAUUUCAGUUAUUAAUGGUCAAGAAAAUAGGAUUUCAACAUUAAUUAAAGAUCAGUUGUUAGGUAUGCCUGAGAUAUUUAAUGAAAAAUAUUUUAGCACAAAACAAGGUGAAGAAUUAAUAAGAAGAGUGUUAUCUUUGACUGAUAUUGCAAAUUACAGGCAACAUAUUCUUAAAGAUGAAUAUUUUUGGAGAUUUUUAAGAUGGUUAGCUUCGAUGCCAAUACAUACUAAAACAACUUAUAAUUAUGUCAAGGAUCUUUUUGAAGCUAACAAGAAUUCUAUUAUCUCUCAAAAUGAUGUAUUUAUGUUUGUUUUAGGUUUACUUGACGAAAUAUCCUCGAUAGGAGCAGUUGGAAGUAGAUGGGAAUUAGAAUAUAAUAAAUCAGUGGAGAGUGGACAUAAAGUGAGUAGCAAUAAUCCAUAUCAGAACAUAGUUGAAAUAUCUUUAAAAUCUAUUAAUAUGACUGCCACAUUAAUCGAGAAUAGGAAUUUAUCUAAAAAUGAGAUGGUGGCAAUUAUUCAAGCAUUAGUACAUCAGUGUAUGAAUCCCUGCGAACAAAUUAGAUCGUAUGCAGUAUCUAGUUUGGAGAGUUCAUUAACGGAAAGAAUUCAAUUGAGUAAGCCAAAAUUAAAUUCUGAUUCAAAUAUAGGCGGGGAAUUGAUUAAAUUUGAAGACAUCAUUAACAUUGGUAUUGUAAGUAUUAUUAAUAUGAAAACAAAUGAUCAAAAAAAGGAAACUGAUGUAAUUAAUAAUAUUGGUGAUGAUGGAGCCCUUGAAGUGCCAAUUACUACUCUAUUAUCUGUAAUUAGUAAGGCAUACUUAUAUCAUUUGGAAAAGGGUACAGUUACGAACGAAACAUUUGUAUACAUAUUAAAUGUAUUUAACGGAUAUGUGGACAAUCCAAAGAUUGAAACUCAACUACAAGAAUUAAUCCUAAAAAAGAAAAGAAUAGAAAAGAAUGGUGCUACAACUAUGAAACAAUUAAAUUCGAUCUCGAUGUUGAAAGAAGAGGAUGAUGAAAACGAAAAGGCAAAGGAACAAGCAGAUGAGGCUAGAAAUAUGAACCAAGAAUAA